AGCCCCAAUUCCUACUUCAUGGAUGUGAAAUGCCCAGGAUGCUAUAAAAUCACCACGUUCUUUAGCCAUGCACAAACGGUAGUUUUGUGUGUUGGCUGCUCCACUGUCCUCUGCCAGCCUACAGGAGGAAAAGCAAGGCUUACAGAAGGAUGUUCCUUUAGGAGGAAGCAGCACUAAAGGCACUCUGAAUCAAGAUGAGUGGGAAACCAUCUCAAUAAACACAUUUUGGAUAAAAAAAA